AUGAUUGCUCUCACCAUCGCACCCGAAUACGGCUAUGUCGUCCUUACCGCCGUCGGUACCUGCUUCCUCGGAACCUGGCAUGGCAUAAGAUGCUCGUCCUUCCGCAAGGCCGCCGGCCUGGGCUACCCUACCCCCUACGCCGACUCUGCACAACUCUCGGCCGCCUCUGCUGAAGACAAGCACAAGCUGUACUUGUUCAACUGUGCCCAAAGGGCCCAUGGCAACUUCCUCGAGAACCACUACAUGGCCCUCACCACAUUGCUCAUCGGUGGUCUUCAUUACCCUCUCCUCAGCUCGGCUUUCGGUCUCAUCUGGUCGCUCGGCAGAAUCGUUUACGCUGUUGGAUACACUUCCCAGACCAAGGAGAACGGCAAGGGCAGACUGGCCGGUGCCUUCUUCUGGCUCGCCCAGCUCGGUCUGUUCGUCAACGCUGGCCUGACUGGAUACAGCAUGGCAUUUUAA